GCAGGUUUCAGGUUCUCAGUCUCUCGCUGAAGGUCUGACUCCGGACAGUCAUGGAGAAGAAGCAGAGCGAUCCAGACAGCUAGAGACACACGACUACCCCGAGCGGCUGACUGACAGCUAACCAGCAGCGGUUUAUCUGACAGCUGAGGGAGUUCGGCUCGUGUCAGGAUGGGCUGCGCGAUCUCUGGAUCCGGAUUGACACCGAGAACAGCAGCGGAGAGCAGAAACACUGAGGAUGAAGCUCCAGCGCGACUCACUCCGGAUCACAUCCAGCUCAUCAAAGAGUCCUGGAAAGUCAUCCAGGAGGACAUCGCCAAAGUGGGAAUAAUCAUGUUUGUCCGGUUGUUCGAGACGCAUCCCGAGUGUAAAGACGUCUUCUUCUUGUUUCGGGAUGUGGAGGAUCUGGAGAGGUUACGCACCAGCAGGGAGCUGCGUGCACACGGCCUGCGCGUGAUGUCGUUCAUCGAGAAGAGCGUCGCCAGACUCGAUCAGCUGGAGCGUUUGGAGAUUCUGGCGCGGGAACUCGGGAAGAGCCACUUCCGCUACAACGCGCCGCCCAAAUACUUUGGGUAUGUGGGAGCCGAGUUCAUCUGUGCUGUUCGGCCGAUUUUGAAGGACAGAUGGACGCCUGAACUGGAGCAGGCCUGGAAGACGUUGUUUCAGUACGUGACGGGGAUCAUGAAGGACGGUUAUCUGGAAGAAGAGCGGAGCAAACGCAACCAAACGCUGACGUCCGGCAAAGAGCGACCCGACAAGAGAAACACGGCCAUUUAAUUUCACAAAGCUGAC